AUGGCGCUCCCUCGCAGCAAAGUGAAGGGCGACUCGCUGCCAGAAGACGAUUUCGAAUUCAUACACACCCCAGCAGCACCGUCUCCUUCGCCCGAGUCGCAGAACUAUGGCGUCCGCACGACUUCGUACCCGGCCAUCAAGAAUGCUCCUCUCCCCGCCGACGGUCCCGGUAGCGAUACCUUCAACAAUUACUUCCUCUUCACCCUCCUGGGCGGCAUUCCUGCCUACAUCUCCUGGCACAUUGGCGGAGGUCUCUUCACAUGGCUGCUCCUCGCUAUCCUCACGGCAAUCCCGAUCCUUAUGGCCUUCUGGACCAUCGCCUCUACCAUGUCCCCACGUCUCAACGAGAAGGCCAAGUUUCCCGGCCUCCCAAUCGAAAACUAUCUCACUUUCAAGAAGGAUAGCGAUAAGAUGAAGUAUCGUGGCAAGAAUAAGAUUCCCAUGGAGACGUUUCACGAGAUGUACUUCAACAAUGAGGUGGAUAUCAAGGGCGACAUGCUUGAGACUAUGGAGUACCGACACGAUUGGGCGAACUUCCGCUUCACCUUGAGCCUCUACUGGUUCUUUUUGACGGGUAUGAUGCCUGAGGUCAUCAUGCACACCAGAAGCCAAGAUGAAGAGCAGGUUCGUGACCACUACGAUCGUGGUGAUGACUUCUAUGGCUGGUUCUUGGGCCCACGCAUGAUCUACACCAGUGGUAUCGUCUCGGACAUCAACAAGGAGGAAAGUCUCGAGCAAUUGCAGGACAACAAACUGGCCAUCGUCUGCGAGAAGAUCGGUCUCAAGCCUGGUGAGAAUAUGCUUGAUAUUGGCUGCGGCUGGGGAACACUCGCCAAGUUCGCAUCUGUCAACUACGGCGCAGAGGCUACCGGUGUCACUCUCGGCCGCAAUCAAACAGCGUGGGGCAACGCUGGUCUUCGCAAGGCUGGCAUUCCAGAGGAGCAGAGUCGCAUUCUUUGCAUGGACUAUCGCGAUAUUCCAGUACCGCAGGGCGGCUACAACAAAAUCACAUGUCUCGAGAUGGCCGAGCACGUUGGCGUGAGAUACUUUGGCACUUUCUUGAAGCAGGUCUACGAUAUGCUCGAUGACGAUGGUGUCUUCUUCCUUCAAAUUGCAGGUCUCAGAAAGAGCUGGCAGUACGAGGACCUGAUUUGGGGUCUUUUCAUGAACAAGUACAUCUUCCCUGGGGCCGAUGCGUCAACUCCCCUCGGAUUCUUCAUCGACAAGCUUGAGGGUGCUGGCUUCGAAGUCAAGCACAUCGACACCAUCGGGGUACACUACUCGGCCACGAUAUGGAGGUGGUACCGCAACUGGAUUGGCAACAAGGACAAGGUCAUCGCCAAGUACGGCGUGAGAUGGUACAGGAUCUGGGAGUACUUCCUCGCUUACAGCACAAUCAUCUCCCGUCAAGGCUCUGCAACGUGCUACCAAAUCACCCUGGUGAAGAAUAUCAAUUCUACGCACAGAGUGGAAGGCAUCCCGAGCCAGUUCAACCUCAAGGGCGCACUCGAGGCAAGCAAGCAGGCAGGCAAAGCACUCUUCCCAGGUAGCAAGUAG